CCGCCCCAGCCUGAUAAAGACCCAGGCGGGCCGGGACCUCCCGCCCCUGCAGCCCCGCGACCGUGGUUCAGAGCGCCCCUCCAGCCCCGCCAUGAGGCUCGUUCUCUCGCUCCCCGUGCUGGUGCUGGCUCUGUGGAUGGCUCUGGAAGGCCCUGCCCCAGCCCAGGCGGCCCCAGACUUCAGCACCUUGGAGCUCAUCCCGGAUAAGCUGAAGGAGUUUGGGAACACCCUGGAGGAAAAGGCCCGGGUGGCCAUUGAGCGCUUCAAGCAGAGCGAAAUCACCACGAAGACCCGGAACUGGUUCUCAGAGGCGAUCAGCAAAGUGAAGGAGAAAUUCAAGUCUACCUUCUCCUGAGCACCCGCCCAAGAGCCGCCCACCGUGCCUGCACCGGGGCCUGCUCCAUGCACCUCCCUCCCCCGCCACACCAAUAAAAGUCCCACAGAGAUUUC